AAGGCAUAUAUAGUCACAUGAGAGUGUAUGCAAUGCUCAUUCUUCCAUUCAGCAUCUAGAUCUGACAUAUAAGUGCCUUCCUUUCAAAGUUGCUCAUCAUCUUCUUCCUUUUCUUUUUCUGCAAAAUUUAUUCUAGUUUUCCACCAUCUAUAGAACCACACUUAAUGACAAAUAUGUCACUAUUUUAGCUUAACAUACAUAUAUUUUUUUUCUUGAGGUGUAUGAUUUAUUUCUUAAAUCCCUUCUUGGAUCUUUCUAACCCAUAUAAGUUAAAUUAGUAUUACCUCAUCAAAUUAGCUACCUUUCUUCAACCCUUAGUUUAUUGGGUCUUGUGAAAGUUCAUUUUUUUUAGCUCCCCAAUAUAUUGACCUUAAGCUUUUAAUCACUUCUACUUAGUUUAAUACAUACUUAAGCAUUGUUUAAGCCAGGUUUAGGUAAUCUAUAACUCAUAAUUAACUAGGACUCUUAAGAGAAUCUACUAGUGCUUAGUCUUUUUCUUUGGUGAUGAUAUACCUAUAACUAUAUAUCCAUAUAGUAAGAGUUAUUUUACAUUAUAUAUUAGCUUAUCUUUCAUCAUAUAUACAUAUAAUAAGGAGGAAGUUCUUGGGUGAUUUUAGAAUUUGGAAAUGGGGAAGAUUAAGUUUAGUAGGAUGUUGGAUUCACUUUGUCUUGCUUUUGAUUCAAAUACAUGUUUUUGCAUUAACUCUGUUGAAGCUCAUGAAGAUGAUGAAGUGUUUGAUCAAGAAAGGAAACCUCUUUUUGGAAGUGAACAAAAACAAGUCUUGACUAUCAAAGAUGCCAUUUCUGCUCCUCAAAGCUUGGCUUUGCUUAUGAAACCUAAGACAGUGGUGCUGAAGGUAUCUAUGCAUUGCAAUGGUUGUGCAAAGAAGGUUGAGAAACAUAUCUCAAAGAUAGAUGGUGUGAUGUCUUAUAAAGUAGACUUGGAAAGCAAGAUGGUGGUGGUCAUCGGAGAUAUCCUUCCUUUUGAGGUAUUGGAGAGUGUCUCCAAGGUAAAAAAUGCACAACUUUGGACUUUUGGCAUCUAAUAGGGUACCAACCAAUUGAGAGCAUUGAUUCACAAGCAAGAGAAGACCAUAUGAAAUCAUGAACAAAUUGUAAAUUUAUUUUGGCAUUUAGUCCAUAGCUCAAUUAGUAAGAUUUGUACAUGUUAUGCCAAAAUCUAAUGCAUCCAUAUUAAUUAUCCUUUAGGAUGCUUCAUUAAACUUAGUAGCUAGAAUAUUUUGCAAGUGAAUCAAUUAGGAUAUCUAGAGAGAAAUUUCAUUUUGAACAAACCUUCUCUCAUCUAGUAAAAAUGAAUUUGAUAAAACAAAAUCUCAUAUUUAUAUAUUGUAUCCACCUGUUUGGUUGCCGAUAUUAAAUAUUAAAUUGUUGGAA